GCCUGUUACAAAAUGAUUCAGUGCUAAGGACACUGGCCAAUAUCCGUCUUCAACACCAAAGCCUAGUUAUACCAAUUUGACAUUAUUGACAGUGACCUGCUGUAAUGUUGAAGAACUGGAUGAAGGCCAAAAGUGACCCAGAAACCACCGACGGCGAGUUAACCGGAUUGCGCCGUGUAAACGUUUCUAUUUUUGACAAGGUCUACUGACGUCUUUGUCCAGACAACCUCUGCAUCACCACAACCUGUGCGUUUCGCCUUGCGGAGUCAAAACACGCCUGGUAUCCCUGAUACACCUCUGAAAGAACACUGUGUCUAUUACUAAAUAGCCCAUGGUGCAGCUCAACAACAGACCAUCGUUUUAGCUGCUGAAAAGUGGCUCUGACAGGGUCAAAUGUCGCUUUUUCAAUCCGUGCACUCUUCGGAAAGACAGCUGUUUAUGGUUCAACCUGCCGCCUGACGCCCAUUCUUUCGUGGCAUAUCUCUGUGACGACACAAACGGAUUGAUCCUGCUGCAUCACUGAGGCCGCUCCAGAAAAAAACAUCAUCGGACUCAAAUCAAGGACGACAGGACUUUUUAACUGACCAGUUGAGCUCCGUAGUAAUGCACAAUGUCGGACAACACUGAGGAGAAACCAGAAAAGGAGGAUUCCCCGGAGUACGAGUUUGCGACGGGAACAACGCUCCAUGGGCUGAACAAGAUCGCAGACGCUCCGAACUGGGGGGCCCGUCUGAUCUGGCUCUGUAUUUUCCUGGGCUGUUUUGGAUACGCUGCCUAUCUUAUCACAGAAACCGUCCUGUCAUAUCUGAGCUACGACACAGUGACAGACGUGUCUUUCAAGUUUGAGGAAUCUCUGGACUUCCCGGCCGUCACCUUCUGUAAUUUCAACAAGUAUGCUUUAACAAAGGUUGCCAGAGACGAGAAAGUCAAUGUCUACCUGGAACCGCUGUAUGCCUUCCCAAAAGAAUGGGCUAUGGUCGGGACCGGGAUGUCUAUGGAAGACGGCCCGACACCUACACCGAGCCCAACUCCCUUUCUCCCCAACCUGGCCAGCAUCACUACCUACGCCGGGUUCCAACUGGAUACAGCACUGAUCAGGUGCACAUGGAGGGGAGAGCCUUGUGACGCUUCGAACUUCACCCACUCCCUGUCCCAGUUCGGCAACUGUUACGUCUUCAACGGCGACCCGGAGAAGGAGUCCGUCAAACAGACCAUCUCAGGGUCAGGCAACGGGCUUCAUCUCAUCAUCAAUGUAGAAGCAAACGAGUAUUCAGAAGACCCCACACAAGGCGGGUCGUCCGACGUGGGGCUGAAAAUCCACGUUCAUCCUCGAGGCGAGCCCGCCAAAAUGGACACACAGGGCAUCGCCAUCGGGCCGGGAACACAUGCCUAUGUGGGGAUUUCAAAAAUCAACUAUCAAAACGAGAUCCCGCCGUGGGGAAAUUGUGAGGAAAAGAAGCUGAAUCAUUACGACACCUACACCCUGACGGGCUGUCUGUUGGAGUGUAGGGCGCACUGGGUGGAGACCAUGUGUAACUGUACCGCCAUGGAACUGCCAGGCACCAUGGACAUAUGUGAACCUCAGACAGUCGUGGACUGUGUGCCGUCAGUCUACAAUUUGAUCACUCGUGGACGCCUGCCGUGCCAGUGCCCGACCCCCUGUGAGCACGGCACGUACGGCAAGUCUGUGUCUUACGCCAGCUGGCCCAACCCUGCCGCGGCGGACAGCACUUGGCCUACGUAUACCAUAGGAUCUGCGACGCCGAGGGUACCGGACGCCGUGUACUUUCAGAGAAACUACUGCGUGUUCGACGUCUUCUACAAAGCGCUAAACAGCAAGACGGUCAUCCAGAAGAGGGCGAUGACAGAGGAAGAUUUGCUCAGUGCGAUCGGCGGUUCCCUGGGCCUGUUCAUCGGCGCCAGUAUCAUCACUCUGGCGGAGAUUGGGGAGUAUCUCAUCACCAGACCCUUCAAGUGUUUCCGUAAGAAAACAAGGCUGGAGUAGAAAGCAUCGUUGACAAACAGUAGGAGAGAAACAACAAGCAACAAGAUAACUAAAGCAAGGAAAAUCAGACAGGAUCUUGGUUUCACCUGAAAUAUGUUAUAGACUUCAGUUGAUUUUAAUCCGUGUUAAUGGAAAAACAAGUAUCUUAAUAUAGAAUGUUAAUGUGGUCCUUUUAGACUUGUGAUGUAAAUACAUAUGAUAUACAUAGAUGCGUGCAGAAGGUUUCUCAAGUAUCAUGUCCAUCUGUGGUAGACGGAUUGUUUGUUUGUAUACGUUUGUUUGUUUGUUUGUUUGUUUGUUUUAAGGAUAAAAUAAGUAGUAAUUGUGUACAAAUUUUCUUCCCAACAUUGAUGUAAAACAUCGUUUUUCUUGAAUCAAGACAGUGGUAUUAAAGUUUCUUUAUAGUCAAACA